CCGGCGACCACACACACACACACACACACACGCACACACACACACGGGCAGACAGCCGCCGCUUCGGGGAAGAUGGAGGAUGGUGUGGCAGUGGCGGAGCGGACCUCCAGCCCGCAGCGACCCCGCUGCUGAACGCAGCCCUGACCUCUCAGCCCUUUCUACUAAGUCGUUCAACUCACCGGAACCAGGCAGCCAUGAACCCCCAGGAGACAGAGCUCGGCCAGGAGGUCACGGAGGAGGCCGAUGCGCCGCAUCGCCAUCGUCACAAUAACCACAGCGGCCGCUCCCGUAACCACAGCAGCCAGGAAAAGCGCUACAGACGCGUUGAAGCCCCUGCUGGAGGCAGCGCCGGCAGCAGAGCGAGGGUUCCCCAGCAGCGCAGGCCGCAGGAGGAGCAGGAUGUGGAGGUGCAACAAGGGGCUCAGGGGUCUCCGCAGCCCCGGCAGCCCAUUCCCCGACCCGCGGUGACGCGUUACCGCCGACAGGGGGACAGCGAGGCCCGGAUCAGAGCCCAGCAGCAGAGGCACAGACAGAGGCAGCAGAGGGAGGCGGAGAGGGCUCAACAGCUGGCACGGCAACAGGAGAAGCAGCACCGCGCUGAGAUGAGCCGGGAAGACGAACGAGAGAGAGACGACUCGGUGCUCGCCCGCUCAGCGAGCACCGAGAGCGGCUUCCACACUCACACCGACCGGGCAGAGGGGGACGAUGGCCUGGUGAUCAUGUCUCACGAGCCGGAGGGGCAGCCGGAGGUUGAGGACGAGGCGGGGGACUACGCGGUCCAGCUGCGGCCGGAGGCGGAGGGCUACACUGAGAGUGCCGAGGCUGAACAGCAGCACCUCCAUCUACACCCUAACCAUCCUCCUCAGGCCGCGCCACGUGAACCCCUGCCUGACAUCCAGGACCUGCACAGGCCGGCCGAAGCAGAGGAGAUGCUGAGCGCUGGCUACUCCAACUACGUCUACACCACCGGAGGAAGGGCAGAGGUGUCCGCCGGCCAGAGCUUGGAGAGUUUAGAUGGCGCCCUGGCGGACGAAGCCUACUCCGAUCCGUACGACAUUUACUCUCUCUCAGAGCACGUUUACGAGGAAAUCCGCGACGCUCCCGCGUCAGUUUCGUCUGCCGCAGGCGAGGACACUGAGUCACUCAGACAGAGGCGCGCCGGCUUUCAGCUGCUGGAAGGCCGGUCGGGAGACGGGGACUACCAUCAACAGGAGGCGGUGGGUUCCCGUCUCCGUCACUAUGACGAGCGCUCCGAUGGAGAGUCGGACAGCCCGGAGAAGGAGGCCGAGUUUGCCCCGUACCCGCGCGCCGACAGCUGUGACCGCGAGGAGGACAUCGACAGCAUCGUGGCGGAGGUCAAAGAAAGCCUGAGCUCUCAGAGUCUCCACCGUGCUCUGGAGGACACCAUAGAUGAAGAGAAUGAGCGUCAGCAGGGUGAAGAAGUUACCCCAAGACACGAGUGCCAAACUGACUCAGACAGAAACCACAAAUCAUCCAGCCCAGCGAAGCCAGCCGGCAAAGAGGCCGCGAGCCCCUCAGAGGAGCUUGUAGCAGUGAGGAACAGUCAGGAGAAGAGGGACGCCAUAUCCCUGGCCAUCAAGGACAUUAAGGAGGCCAUAGAGGAGGUGAAGACCAGAACGGUGAGAUCUCCAUACACACCGGAUGAGCCCAAGGAACCCAUUUGGGUAAUGAGGCAGGACCUGAGCCCCACUGCAGAGUGUGACCUGACGCCAUCGCUGGGGGGUGAUUCCCCGGGGUCGAGCUCGCCCUCCCCGCCAGGAGCCGAGUCAUCCACUAGACAUCUGCUGCAAGAAGACAGCUUUGAAUCUUCCCCCUCUAGUAAAGAGUCCCGGAGAAGCCUCGCGUCCUUCCCCACGUAUGUAGAAGUCCCAGGCCCGUGUGACCCGGAGGACCUGAUCGACGGGAUCAUCUUCGCAGCCAACUACCUGGGCUCCACCCAGCUGCUGUCCGAUAAGACCCCGUCCAAGAACAUCCGCAUGAUGCAGGCGCAGGAGGCCGUCAGCCGCAUCAAGACGGCCCAGAAAUUAGCCCACAACAGGAAGAAGGCCCCUGAGGGAGAGCCUCAGCCCAUGACCGAGGUGGAUCUCUUCAUCUCCACCCAGAGAAUCAAAGUCCUCAACGCCGACUCGCAGGACACCAUGAUGGACCACCCUCUGCGGACCAUCUCUUACAUUGCCGACAUCGGCAACAUCGUGGUCCUGAUGGCCCGGCGCAGGCAGCCUCGGCCCGACUCCCAGGAGAACGUGGAGGCCUCGGACGGGGGUCACGAGAGCAAGCGGCAGUACAAGAUGAUAUGCCACGUGUUCGAGUCUGAGGAUGCCCAGUUGAUCGCCCAGUCCAUCGGGCAGGCCUUCAGUGUGGCUUACCAGGAGUUCUUGCGAGCCAACGGCAUUAACCCCGAGGACCUGAGCCAGAAGGAGUACAGUGACUUGCUCAACACUCAGGACAUGUACAACGAUGACCUCAUCCACUUCUCUAAGUCGGAGAACUGCAAAGACGUGUCCAUAGAGAAAGCCAAGGGGGACAUUCUGGGCGUGGUCAUUGUGGAGAGCGGCUGGGGCUCCAUCCUGCCCACUGUCAUAAUCGCCAACAUGAUGCACGCCGGGCCGGCUGAGCGCUCCGGCAGACUGAACAUAGGGGACCAGAUCAUGUCCAUUAAUGGGACCAGUCUGGUGGGACUGCCACUGUGCACCUGCCAGAGCAUCAUCAAGGGUCUGAAGAACCAGUCUGGGAUCAAGCUAAACAUUGUCAGAUGUCCCCCAGUGACCACCGUACUCAUCAGAAGGCCAGACCUCCGCUACCAGCUGGGCUUCAGUGUGCAGAACGGCAUUAUCUGUAGCCUUAUGCGCGGGGGCAUCGCAGAGCGCGGCGGCGUCCGAGUGGGUCACCGCAUCAUCGAGAUCAACGGCCAGAGCGUGGUGGCCACGCCCCACGAGAAAAUAGUCAACAUCCUGUCCAACGCCGUGGGAGAGAUCCACAUGAAGACGAUGCCGGCAGCCAUGUACCGCCUGCUGACCGCCCAGGAGCAACCCGUUUACAUUUGACAAGACAAAGCUCUGACCCCCCCGGACCACUCACCCCUCUCCCCCCUUUCUCCACAGUAGUGAGUUGUUAGCAUGAUGAUUCUGUUGCUCAGUUGCUCUACAAGAACGUAGACAUCCAACCAUCCAUCUGCUGUCACUGGCUCUUACUUUGGAGACCUGUACAAUUGGUAAAAGAGCGUUCGGACAUGAUGCAUUCAGACACCCAAAAGAGAACAAAAAGAUCCCGGUUCACUGUUAUUGUUAAAAACAAACAUGGUGAAAACAAUUCUUUAAUGUAGCUUACAUUUUCCAGCCACUGAGACAAUUUUGGUCAUUGUUAAAUAAGAAGAGUGAGAACUUCUUACACACUAGAAACCUUAAUGAGCGGGAACAGAAGCCUGAUUGUGAAAUUCAUCUGCCCAUUCGACCCCUGACCCCUGACCCCUGACUGUACCUUCGGCCAUGCCGCUAUUUCACUGUCAGGCCUUUGCCUGUGUCUUGUUGUCUGUUUUUCAUGCUGUCGCUCCAUCUUUCGGGCCGAGCUUGGCUUCCUUUUCAGCUCUCCCUUCUCUCUGCUGUUACCCACUCCGAAUACUGCACCCCGGGCCCUUUGCACCACCCAGGGCUCUCCACAGGAGGGUGUGUGGCUCAAUCCUGCUGAAAUUAUUUCACAUUCCAACUCCUUUUUUUGCACGUCAUAUUUCCCGCUGAAACGAUAGCCGCUGUCUCCGUUUUGGCUUUCGUUGCCGUCUCUUCUGUACGUUGCACUAGCAGGAGCUCUGUUCCCUUACAGUGUUCAACCAGCUUGACUCACACGGGACCCCACCUAGGUCCAGGUUUGUUGCACAAACUGCAUGGUUUAAAUAAUCCCAGGCUAUUAUCGUCAACAUCUGUGACGAGAGACUAGAAGAGGGGAACGAUAAUCGCUGAUAUAUCAGCAUGAAGUUGAACCCCACUUGAUUAUUCGCAUUAAGCAAAACAACCGUUGGCCAUGUUGGGGCGGGGGCCGGGUCCAGCACGUCGUCCUUCCGCUACCGCCGUCUUGCUGCUCGAUGCUGUGCAGAGAGGCAGCUUGCGGCAUAGUUUGCUGGAACCACCAACGUUAAACGGGAGCUGGAUGAAACGAUAAAACCAGACUCAUCCUCACUUGUCAGAUUGCAAACUGGAAACCAGAUUCCAACCAGUGUGUAUUCCACCAAUUGUUUUCAAUGGCAAACCUGGGUGUGUAUUUUGCCCCGGAAGUACGACGUGUAUGACCUGAUGCUAACAUCUAAUACUAUCAGAAUAACGGAAUACCUCGCUAUUUGAAUCCGAUCAACAAUCCACUAAAGGCUUUUAAACUCCAUUUGCACCUCUUUAAAUGUUUUCACUCUGUUGUCUUUGUCAUGACUACUUACCCGCAGAACGCAAAUAAUACACAGCAAAGAAAUGGCAGAGUUUUUGUAAAGGCAAACAGUGGUGGUGCAGAACGUUCCUCAUCGUGUACAACAACGCAGAGACUUUAUGACUCCUUCCAACCUUGAUGAACCCAGCACAGACCAGAUCCACUCCUCCGAGUUCCUUUCACAAUAAAAGCACUACACACCCAAAGGAAACACGGAGAGUAGCGUUAGUCUGUCUAAGUGUACCUUAGUUAGAUUAAUUCUCUAAUUCACACGGGUGUCAACAUGAUUCCGGUGAUCUGUCCUCUUCCUGCCCAAAUCAAGUCUUCAACCGUCGCAAAUUGUCAUACUAGUAUGUAAAGUUUAUGAAGUGAAAAAAUAUUUUGCAUUUAGGAGGAGUCAUCAUUCCCUGGUGUUUAAAGGAGAAUAAACCCCCAAAACACCUAUUUUGACAUCACCUCUUCCUGGUCUAUUCCAAUGACCUUUGUGACCCCUGACCUUGGUUUGGUGACUUCAGGCUCGCAGGCAAACACCACCUUGUUGUGCUUUUCAUCUCUUUCUUUAUCUAACUGGUAUUAUUGGUUUUGGCAGUUGUAGAAUAAUUGGACCUUUUCAAAAACACCAAUCUAUGAAUUAUCAAUAGUUUAAAAAGAUGAAUCCUUGCAUUGGAAUUCAAGUGAAAUAACGGCAUUAUCGGUCCAUUAUACCUUUACAUAAAGAUGGAAAGGUGACGCUUUUUUAUCUUCUUUCUCCAAUUUUUCUAAUUUGAAUGUUUUGGGGGAAUGUUUUUUUUUGUGUAUUCUUACACAAAAUCACAUUUGAAUGUUGCUUAUAAUAACUGCCUAACAAUGACAUCAUGGCUGUCCCCAUAAAUGACUGUUCUGAUGAUUGACAUGAUUUAGCCCAUUUAAUAGUACCACAAACAUUUUCAGCCAUUUUCUAAAUAUAUACUUUUAUUAAUAUCGCUCCUGGAAAUGUUGUGAAAAUACUUGAUUAGCAACAACAAGUCACCAGCCGCAACCUUCUUUCAUCCGUUUUCACAGAUAAAAAAGAUUACAAGAAUGAUUUUCUUUCCACUUGUCUCUCAGGGCUUCGGUACGAAUCAACAUGAACUCACAAUAAGUAACGAGGGCUCUUUGGAGAAGAGAGAAUGUGAAUUACUGUGAAUGUUUUGGUUUGUGUGCAUCCUUGAAGAUGCAAAGUACGUUUUGGUUCAAACAGAUGCAUCAACUAUUACUGAAGGUGAAUUAUAAACCUUAAAAAGAUCUGAGUUGUCCCUUCUGAAGAAGAUGCCGUUCUAAUAAUAAUAUAUAAUAUUGUGUCUUUUGGCACUGGUUGAUUGUCUUUGGCUAUUAGGUUCUGCAUAUUUAUUCUACUCAAACAUUUAAGCUACCUGUAGGGAUUAAUUGAUUAAGCUGAAGAUGUGUACAUUUAUUGCAGCCACAUAAUGCUCUAUGUCAAAUAUAGGUGAGAAAUAUGAAAAAGAUGGUGACAGCAUGUCCUUCUUCGCACAAACAACAACAAUAUGACCUUUGACUUCACGUGACUGGUGCUUACUGGUUUCUUUUGCACUAUAAGUAAACAAGUCAAAGUCUUCAUGAGCAACCUAAUCUUCAAAGGACUUAAGACUCCUUCUGAAGGCCGUUCAGGUCGUUUCCAAUCGACUUGUCUUUGAACCGAAUGUAUCCGCCCACACCGACCCCCCCAGAUUCCAAAAACCCGCCGCUUAUUCCCACGUUGUGACCCCAUCAACGGAUCUCAUCUUGGCCUUACUGCUAUUACUUCUUAUGAUGUUUGGGCUGACAGUGUGGGGGGCAACAGGGGCAACAGCAGCCAUUUGUGGGGACCUUCUCUGGAGCCACGCGCUUCAUGCUCUACCGUUCUUACUGCUUGUGUGGUGUGUGCGUGGCGUGCGAUUACAACCAAUGUACUCCGUGUUCAAACAAAAACCAGCUGGAUAUAUAAAAUACACCCGUAGAUGAACUAUAUAGACGACUCCGUAAAGGUACGUAGGUUUCUGGAUGUGGAAUGUAGGAAAGCUGGUUGUGUGUGGAAUGACAUUUGUGUGUACAUAUAUACAGCUAGAGCACAAGAUCAUUUAAAGUGCGUGCGUGUGAUAUUUUCCCUCCAUAGUGCGUCAGAGACUGUAGGCUAGUGUGACACGACGAAGCCAACCAAGGCAACGAGACCUGGACGCUGCCGCCGGGUUUGGCAACAAGUAUUUAUAAGUGCACUCAUUUUGAAUGUAACUGAAACGUUAACUCUCAAUGUGUCUGAAGAUUAAAAGUAACAAAAAAAAAACUACAAUAAAAAUACCAUUUCUGUAAUGCAGCAGCGAUGUUUAUUUAUCUGCUCGCUUUCUUUUAUUUCUGUGAUGUUCUAGCUAUUGGCGCUACAUUCCUGUACCAGAGCCAGAAUGUUUGUAACAGUAUUUACAACAAUAAACAAGUUGCAGAAAGAC